GCGCAACCGAGGGAUCCGCCGCCGCUGCAGGGGCCGCGGCCGGGAUGCCGAGCGCCGGCGCCUCCGCUCUCCUCCUCGCGCUGCUCGGCUGAAGGCGCACAGGACUGAAUUGUCAACUGGAAUUGUCAACUCUGCCAGUUUAUCUGCACCAUUUCUCUACCACUAUGAGCAGACCAAUUGUUUUGCAUAUUUGUCUGGCUUUCUGUAGCCUUGUAGUCCUCAAUUUGACCUCACAAUGUCUGGCCUUUCCCCAAAUAGGAAAGCAAGAGAGAGCACACACUCAUGCAGAAGGACAGACUGUGAAGAUGAAUACAAAUGACCAAGAAAACACUUCCAUUCCUCCAGAGAAUCUACCCCAACUGAUGCCCUCUCAAAAUCCAAAGAUAGCAUCAGCUGGGCUACCAUUGUUAUUCCCAAGUGAUACAGAAGUCAAUCCUACAGGAGCUGGGCACCUCCUGCCUUACAGCCCUGCUCUUUCCACUGCUACUGAGGCAGCGAUCCCUGCCCAUGUGGAUGUGUUUGGUUCCAGCCAGCCAGACUGGAUCCCUCCUGAAAGCAGACUUUCCAAGGCCAUGUUAACCACUGCCAUCACCCCACCUGCUUUCCUGGAUACGGAUGAGAAGGAGGAUCCCACUAGCAGCGCCAGCACUCAGGCCAUUGCAGAAGGGACCACAGAUGCAACACAAGGCUUUCUGAAGUAUGUGGACAAUCCAGUGUUUGCAAUUAAAAGUCAGGAAGGAGUUAGCUGGGGACAUUCAACUUCACCCUACAUAAAUACUAAAGAAAUGCUAGCCACCAAUGCCAGGAUUGAGAUAUUGGAUGCUCACUCAGACCAGAGGGCAACUUCUUUUCCUAGCACUCAGUCCACAGCAGACACUGAGUCUGUUAGUAUCCUUCUUGAUAAGGAGAAGGCCACACAGAUGACAGCUGAUAAUACCCAGGCUACUGCCACCAAGAACUUGCUGGCAACUUCUGAGAGCACCCUGAGUGUUGAACCAGAAACUGACAGGCUGCUGGGAGCUCCUGGAGCUACUGUGAGUGUCAGCACAGCUGCUCCAGCUGCUCCUGUCCCAAGUGAUGAGUGGGAUGACACCAAACUGGAGAGUGUAAGCCAGAUAAACACCCCACAGCUUGGAGACAAUAUAGGGACUCAGAUGAGAAUAGAUCCUUCACAGCUGGAACGAGCGAGCCACGACAGUAUGGAUAGGGACCAACCUGCCAUGGAGGUUGCUCAGGAGGCUCUGGGGCUGCCUAAAGGGGAAAUACAUGUGGGGACAGCCCUGUCAACAGCACAGGGGGAGGAUAGAUCACUUGCUGUCACGGAUCAAAGCUCCUUUAUGCCUACGAGUCUGAUGGAAGACACUGAAAUUUCUGUUGUGAACCGGUUCCAGAGCACAGGAGUCUUCAUGGACUCUACCAAGGAAAAUGGUGCCAUGUUUUUUUCAGAGAGUACUGUUUCCAUCUCUGAAUAUGCAUCUGAGGCAUAUCAACCAUUGGGAAAUACAUUGAAAGACAUCAUCACUGAAGAGAUGACAACAGCUGUAGAAGACCUGGAAGCCACUUUACCAUUGGUGACUCAAGAGCAGAUGGCUACCCUCGAGGUUACCGGUGCUGGUGGUGAACCUGAGGAGGGCAAGAGGUCCCUGUCGCCUGCGCCUGAUGCUGCUGGUGCCACCCAGCGGCCUGGAGGGUGGGAACCUCUGGCCACUACAGCUUCCACCACAGCUGUCCCUUUGUCUCUUGAGGUCACCGCUGCUGCAGAAGAUCUAAUGGAUACCGUCACAGGGCCAAAUGAGUUUAUACCAGUCUUGGACUCUCCAGUGACACCUACUGGAAGAAUGGAGGAGCUGCCCAGCAUUUCCUCAACACUUCCGGUUUCUGAGCUACCAUUUGAGAGAACAAUACCAUCCAUUAGCCAUGCUAAUACAGCUGCCUCCUAUGGCCUAGACCAGCUGGAGUCUGAAGAGGGAGAAGAUGAGGAUGAGGAGGAUGAAGAUGAAGAGGAAGAUGAAGAGGAAGAUGAAGAAGAUAAAGAUGCAGACUCCUUAGAUGACAACUUUGAUGGGGACACUGAAUUGCCAGGGUUCACUCCCCCUGGCAUCACAUCUGAGGAACCUGGCUUAGAGCAGGGAGACAUAGACCCACUGGGAGCAGCCACCUACCAAGUGCCAGAUGCCGUUGAGUGGGAACAACAGAACCAAGGCCUGGUGAGAAGCUGGAUGGAAAAACUAAAGGACAAGGCUGGAUACAUGUCAGGGAUGCUGGUACCUGUCGGGGUGGGCAUAGCUGGAGCCUUGUUCAUUCUGGGAGCGCUCUACAGUAUUAAGGUUAUGAAUCGCCGAAGGAGAAACAGCUUCAAAAGACAUAAAAGAAAGCAGAGAGAAUUCAACAGCAUGCAAGAUCGAGUUAUGCUCUUAGCCGACAGCUCUGAAGAUGAAUUUUGAAUUGGACUUCGGUGUCAUUAGGAUAUUCAAUGAUAUUCUUAGUUUAUUUUCAUUUGAGGGGCAGAAGAAAAACAAAAGAGAACUGUUUCUUGCUCUGUUGCUGCUAUGAGGCUAUCAGACCUACUAUGUGCUGGACAGUAGAUUUUUUUUUUCUUCUUGUACUGAGCAGAAAAGGCAUGCUGCAAACUUAACUGUGAACACACAGUGUUUGGUUCCACAGAGCAUCCAAGUUCAGUAGGAGUAGCUGGGUUAGGUAGAGUAAAUAUUUUGUAAUUUUCCAUUGUCUUUUCCUUGGUUUGCCUUAUAUGUAUUUGAUAUAAUGGCUGUUGCCUUUGAGGCGUGCUUGACUUUGAAGUAGCAAUCUUAACAAAGAGUAACUACUCCUGAUCACACUCUACCUUCUUGGAAUUAUGGCUUGUGAGCUAUGGUUCAUUCUGUAUUUAGCACGGAAUCCUACUUUGUUGAGCUCUCUCAGCACAGUAGGGUGAUACGCAGAUUUGUAUGUACCUUGCAUUAAAUACUUUAGCUUCCUAGUUUAAUUAAUUUCACUUCUAUUAUAUUCACAUUGCUGGCAAGGAAAAAAUGCACCAGAAAUAACACAUUAAAUUAACUCUCAAUCUUCAUGUAUGCUUGCUUUCUUAAGUAGCGUGAUUUGAAAUCCAAGAGGUCUAUCAACAGUGUCUUACGUGUUUGUUGUUAGAAGAUAUUCUUUCUGCGUACUACUUGACCUUGCCAAAAUCUACGGAGCAAUCUAGAAGGAGGGGGAUGGAUAAACUCCCAGAGAAUUUAUCUUUGCCAUUGGUUCUGUGCUGGCAUAGCCACAAAUAUUCAGAGGACCACUUUUCCAUGUCUAUAAUCAUGACCAUGGAAUGACGGGGCCAUCAUUGGUUACUUAAAGGAUUUACCAGCAAAACAGACAUUGUGUGGUAGAAGCUGACCCAGUGACCAGUUCCCUGUGCACAGAGAGGGAUGUGAGAAAUCAGCUAAUUUCAGGGCAGCCUACCAUGAGGCGGGAAGACUGAGUUAGAUGUUUUCUGAUUUCUUUUGGAAUAUAAUCCCCUGCACUGUACUCACUAGGGCCUUCGUGUAGUCUAUUGAUUCUGAUUUGAUUAUAGUCUAUUUGAUUUGAUUCUAUGGUACCUGUUUCUAUUUUUGGGUAGAGACUUGGUUCAUCUCUAUGGAAGGAUAAAGGUUAGUAAUAAUACUGUUACUAUGGAGAACUUGUUCAGAUUCAUUAGAACGUAUUCUACUAUUAAAAAAGGCAAGUUGUCUUAUUCCUCCUGAAUAGCAGGAAGGUAAGACCUAUGAUUUUCUAUUUUCCAUUUGACUAAAGAUGGGUCUGAAGCUGAGAAGAGACAUGAGUGUCCAAAGUUGUACUCCCGGGUAGUCAGCCUAGGAAUUCUGUUGGUUGCAAAACCACAUAUCCUGUCUUCAAUUCAGUGCCUUUUCCACAUGCUUUGGAUGAAACAGUGAUAUUUCAGGCCCUUCUCUAAAACUAAGAUUCUUAAGAAUUAGAGGCUUGGUCAAGGAACAUUUGGUAUUCAUUUCUUUCUUUGUUAAGUGAAGGAGCAAUGCUUUUCGUAAACAUUCUCUUAUGCAAGUUCAUUCCUUCUGUGUAAAAUGUACCACUUUUAGGAUUCAUUCUUUAAUGAUGGAUGGCUCACAAGAAUGUGUCCAACAGAUAAUUUUAUUUUAACAUUUCUUGUUGAGAGAAUAGGAAAAUGUGUAAAAUGGAAAAAGAGAAGUAAAAAGUUACGUAUAGACAAAGAGAAAUAAGCAACUGGAAAAUAAGCCCAAGGCCACAUUUUAAAAGUAGAAUUCAGACCCAUAUACUCUUUAGUGAUUUUGCAUUUAUGAAUAUUCUGGUAUUGCAUAAGGGAUGUUUUUCCUUAUCUAAGAGCAGCCUCUGCUAUACGUGCUCCUCGGGUUAGGAGUAAGUGAGCAUGAGGUGUGUAUCUUGACCAGCUAUUUGUUGAACAGACACUUUGGGUUUGCUUAAUUGAGCAACACAUGGAUGAUACUGGUGACUGGUAAUGUUUAAGAUGCUCAGUCUGUAUGUAGUCUCAACUAGAUCAAGGCAAUAGGUUGAUGUUCAAAUCACAGUACAACAAAGUCACAGCUGACAGACAUGCGCUUUCUUUCUUUCUUUUUUUUUUUUUAGAGGGCUGUGAAGAUAACAUGUGUGUAAAUUUAGGCCUACGUAGAAAUGUCUCUGCAUCCCAUUUUGGCACACUUGCCUGUUUAAAGGAAAAGAGUUUACUUAGAUCCUAAUAGAUUCUGGUACAAAUUCACAUAAACAUGUGGAUAAAGAAAAUAAAAAUUAUUAUUCAGCCCCUGAAAUAGAGUAAUCCUGUUCUUGUGACAAUGUGGAUGAACUUAGAAGACAUUAUGCAGAGAAAAAUAAACAAUUCACAGAAAGGCAUACACUUCAUGAUUCCAGUUGUGAGUAAAGUAGUCCAAUUCACA